CAUAAUACACUAGCUGUACAACAAUUACAUUUUUUUUUUUACAUAUUCUGAACCAAUGAAUGACAUAUACUAGUACUAAGUUAUUAUUUGCAACAUCUUUUUUCAUAAAUUUAAAAGAAAAUUCUUUUUCUUUCUUGUUUUUCUUUGCCUAUAAAAGUAGUAGCAACCCACACACUUCUCUUCACUCAUUCAUCACUACUACUUCCUUCUCUUUCUUUUUCUCAUCCUAGUCUUCUUUCUCUGUGGAUGAUGAAAAUGGCGUCUCCACAGUUUUUAAGUCUAUGCUUGGGUCUCUUGUUCUUGGCUUCUGGAGCAUUUGCUGCUGCACCAAGAAGGCCAGUGAGUGUACCCUUCGCAAGGAACUACAAACCUACAUGGGCUUUUGAUCACAUCAAAUACUACAAUGGUGGUAACGACAUUACUCUCAUGCUGGACAAAUACACAGGAACUGGAUUUCAAUCGAAGGGAUCUUACCUGUUUGGCCACUUCAGUAUGGAUAUUAAGAUGGUACCAGGAGAUUCUGCAGGAACAGUUACAGCUUUCUAUUUGUCAUCUAACAACAAUGAACACGAUGAGAUAGACUUUGAGUUUCUGGGAAACAGAACAGGACAACCUUACAUUUUGCAAACAAAUGUCUUCACCGGAGGAACGGGUAACAGGGAACAAAGGAUCUUUCUCUGGUUUGACCCAACCAAAGAAUUCCAUUCCUACUCCGUUUUAUGGAACCUUUACCAGAUUGUAUUCUUUGUGGAUAGCGUCCCAAUCAGGGUAUUCAAAAACGUGAAAGGAUCAAAGUUCCCAUUCAACCAACCUAUGAAAAUCUACAACAGUCUAUGGAACGCAGAUGAUUGGGCAACAAGGGGUGGGCUCGAGAAGACCGACUGGUCAAAGGCACCAUUCAUCGCUGCCUACAAAGGUUUCCACAUAGACGGCUGUGAGGAAUCCGUGACAGCCAAAUUCUGCAGAACCCAAGGCCAGAAAUGGUGGGACCAAAAAGCAUUUCAAGAUCUUGAUGGUAUUCAGUACAGAAAAUUGGCUGACGUUCGACGAAGAUACACCAUCUACAACUAUUGCACUGACCGAGUCAGGUUCCCUACAAUGCCCAUCGAAUGCAAGAUCGACAGAGAUGUCUAAUGUUGCAUCAUUCAAUGCGAAACUCACUACAAAGCCCGGCCGUAGCUUGCUAUUGUGUAUCUUAUUAUUUGCUUCAGUUGAUAUUUUCAUUUAUAAAUAUGUGUAUGUACAAGAAAAGAAAUGCAGGCGAUCGAAGGCUGGCCGAGGAGGAGGAUUAUCAUCAUCCAUAAGCUGGAAUGUAUCAUUUAUUAUUUACUAUUGUAAAACCAAGUGUGAGCAGCAAACCAUAAAAAUUGUUGUCGAGAUUUCAUUAAUACAAUAAAUAUAUUUGAUUUAUUAUUAUUAGCA